AAGAGUCUCUUUCCGAGCAGAGUCGCGAGAGGCAAAGCUCACCGAGCGCGCCAGCCAGUCAGAGCGUCGCUGCUGCUGCUGCCUGACAUUCAAUCGAGAGAGAAAGGGAGCCGCGGACGCACAGAGAGCGAAAAGUGCAGGCUCCCUCGGGAAAGGAAAGGGAAGAAAUAAAAGAGGAAGGAAGCCAAUAAAGACAGAAGAACGAGAAAGAAAAGAUUCAGGCGAGAAGGAGCGACCUUCCCUAUAUCCUACGCAUUUAGGAUCUGCUAUUCCUUUUUUCUAUUAAUUUAUUCCACCACCACGAUCGGCUGAGAGGUUUCGCUUUCCUCGCUAAGCAACUUGGAUUUUUUUAUUUUUUAUUUUUGGUUAAGCGGAAAGAAAGAGGGGGGACAUUUUCUGCUCCUCUUCUUCACGCCUAGCAGAGGAGAGUCCCGAAUCGAACUGGGCUGAGCGAUCCCGGGCCCCGAAGGUGGUGCUAAGACGAGAGAGAGAACCCCCCCCCCCAAACCACACAGCCACUUCUGCUUGGAAGCAGCGACAGCGGCUGCAGGAUCCAAGCCCACGCGUGCGUUCGAUAGAGACCUGGGGGAGAGAAAAUGCAUUGAAACUUCGCGCAAACUUUCCUCGCUUCCCCCUCUCUAUUUUUUUUUUUUUUGGUGUGUGUGUGUCUGCCUGUGCAGUGCACGCUCGCUCGCGUGUGGUGUCUUGCCACCGAGGGUUGGAGAGAGAGUGAGAGAGUGGGCGGCUGGAAAUCUGUUACAAUUCAGAACCUUCUGACGAAUCUGGUGGGAUUCCUACGGAGAGACUCCGAAUCCGAAGCGAGGAAGCCCCGAGAGCCUUUCUGCAAGCCGAAAAGAGAGCCGAGAGGUGUGCGGAGGGGAGUCUGCGUCUCGGGUGCCUAGGGAGCCGGGCUUAUGGACGGGUGAAACCAGAGACUGAAGUCUCCCCCCUCCCCCCCACAACCCACCCCUGCGCUUUCCUUGAUCGGAGCGGCCCCAGGAAAAGGAAGAAGAGGAGUUCAAGAGAGCGAGCCAGCGCGGCUCCGACCAGCUACUCCGGCUCCUCUUUGCCUCGCGCCAGGAAUCAUGAACUUUCUGCUCGCUUGGAUGCACUGGGGGUUGGCCGCGCUGCUCUAUUUCCAGAACGCCAAGUUCUCGCAGGCUGCUCCUGCCCAGGGAGAUGGGGAAAAGCAACAGAGUGAGGUUAUCUCAUUUCUGGUGGUCUUUGAGCGCAGUGCCUGCAGGACAAUUGAGACCAUGGUGGAUAUUUUCCAAGAAUACCCUGACGAGGUGGAAUACAUUUUCAAGCCAUCCUGUGUGCCCCUGAUGAGGUGUGCAGGGUGCUGUAAUGACGAGGCGCUGGAGUGUGUACCCACAUCGACGUACAAUGUCACCAUGGAGAUCCUGAGAAUUAAACACUUUCAAGGCCAGCACUUAAGCCGGAUGAGCUUCCAGCAGCACAGAGAAUGUGAAUGCAGAGAGAGACCAAAGAAAGAAGUGAAACCUAGACAAGAAAAAAAAUCAAAGCGAGGAAAGGGGAAGGGUCAAAAGAGAAAGCGCAAGAGAGGCCGGUAUAAACCACAAAACUUUCACUGUGAACCUUGCUCAGAAAGGAGAAAGCACUUGUUCAAACAAGAUCCCCAGACCUGUAAAUGUUCCUGCAAAUUCACAGACUCACGUUGCAAGUCGAGGCAGCUUGAGUUAAACGAGCGCACUUGCAGAUGUGAAAAACCGAGACGGUGAGCAGCAGAGAAGAAAAGGAGUGGGGGAAGAGAGCCUUGGUUUCUGGAGCCUGAUAUCUCGCCUGGUCAAAAAACACUAAUCCAAAUGAACACUAAAAUGAAGGAUCAGUAGAGCACAGCACUUUUGAGUACGGACGAUGGACUCCGGAAGGAACAUUCCCCGAGGACCCUCACAAGAUUCACCUUUUGGUUUUGAACUGGUUUUCUAUAGAGACUUUCCUUCUCAUGCUGCUAAAUAAUAGAGCCAGGGAGACUGGAGUGGUAUGUUUUGGGACUCCCGUUUCACAUGAAUAAAAAUAUAUAUGUUUGUAAAUAUAGAUAUACAUAUAUAUUCUGAGUUUUAAGAGAGAAAAAAAACAUUGCUAACAUUAUUGGUGUCUUCACUGGAUAUAUUCAACUGCUGUGGACACAAGUGGGCUACUUGGGGCGUAAGAAAGAAACGAUGACUGGACUUCAGCCAAAAGCGCUCAGUGUAAUCUUCAUACUCUUGCUGACUCUGUUAAGCAUGCUGCUCCACCAAGCUCAGUUCCCCAGGCCCUGUCUUGUAUGGAGAGACAUUGGCACCAGAGAGGAGGUGGCAGGGCAUUCCAAAGAUGGGGCCUUGGAAUAUUAUGGGUCAAAAGGUCAAGGAAGUGACUCUAGCCACUAGGUCUGAGGAUUCGGUCAACUUCCCUCUCCCUCCUCUCCAAAACGAUCUGCCCCAACUUGUCUUGCAACCUGCCUGUUUUGAUGGGACACUGGUGUAUGUUGUCGAAUUGACUUUGCUGCAGGAACUUUGCCCUGGAUCUAUGUUCUGGCCUUAACGGUGCUUGUCAGUGGCUGGUGCUUGUCAACUUGAGCAGGCGUUGCUGGGCUCUACAAUCUUGCAACCUCUCUUUGCUACUUAAAUCAAGGAUAUAGGGGCUUGGCAGUACAUGGAAGCAAGAAUAUAUAGCCAGGCAGUUGAGCAGUGCUGUCUGCCAUCCUUAUGCACAGAGCUGCCAUUGAAGAUGCUUAUGGAACAUCUCUGGAAAGGGAUAUUAAUCUGAAGUAUAUAUGUACAAUAGAUUGGGGCGGGGGGUGAGUGUGUGUCUGUGUGGGGAGUAUAUGCACACAAAUAUACAGGUUCAAAAUUGGAAAGUGGCAUUUACAGCCUGCUGGGCAGUAUCCGAUGAGAGAUUACUUCUCGUUUUGUGAAUUCAUUAAUAUUCGCAAUCUGUUGUAACAUGAAUGUGCCAAGACAUCUUGUGCUAUGCUGGAGUUUUGUAACUUUAUUUCUGUCCACCAUCGUACUGGUGGCGUAAUGUUGCCUAUCCUACCAAUACACGGUCUUGUUUAUUUGAAAACGUG